UGGGAUGGAGCUGCAACAAUUCCAAGACCUGAUAAGGUAUCUCCAUGGGAAAUUGAGUUGUUAACACAUUCAUCACCAAUUUUCAAGUCAGAUGAUCUAAAACAUAAAUGUCAAAUCGAAGUAAAUGAGUUUGGUAAGUAAACACUGCUCAAUAAGUUAAAACUUCUUUGUGAAUUAGUUAUCAUUAUAUUGAUGCGCAUAUGUUCAAAAAUAUGGUAUCCUACCUUAUCCCAAGGACAAGAAGUUGGAAAUUCGGGCAUACAAUCUUCCAUGAGCUACUCAUUCCCAACCAUGUCUAAACCAAACUACAAUGAGCAAAUGGUUCAAGCAAUGAAAGAAACAACCACAACCGCAACUACUAGCUGCAGACUUUUUGGAGUUGAUCUAACAGUUCCCGCUACAACAAAGGAUUCAAUAAAACCUAUUGACUCGUAUAAAAAAAUUAAGAUUUCUAAAAUCUUUGAAGAAGAAGAAAUUGUUAACCAUGUCCAAGCUAGAAGUCUUACUAAGGUUCAUAUGGAAGGUGUCAUAGAGAAGACUGUAGAUUUAACUAUAUUUGAUGGAUACAAUCAGUUGAUCGAUGAAAUAGAAAGACUCUUUGAUAUCAAAGGCGAGUUGCAUAUGCACAAUCAAUGGAAAAUGUUUUUCAUAUAUGAUGAGGGAGAUAUGAUGAUUCUUGGAGACGAUCCCUGGCCCAAAUUUUGCAAUAUGGCGAAAGAAAUAUUCAUAUGUUCGAAAGAGGAUGUCAAGAUAGGAAUAGCAGAUAACAGAUUCUCCAAAGGUGAUCCAACAUUAACAACAACAAUUUUACCACCAGAUGUCAACAGCAAUUAGAGAGACUUUUGGUUUUAAAAUUAAAUGUUGCUUGUUUUUAUUAUAUACUCCCUUUGUUUUUAUUUGUAAGUAGUUUUAGUUAAAAGUCUCAAUAUCAAAAAGUUAUUAUU